AAAGUUUAGUUUACGUUAAAGUUUAGUGUUAGUUAACGUAAUUAUUGUAAAAUACAUACUAUGAAGAAAUUAAAAUCUUCUCGUCUGUCAUCAGAUUUUUACAAUAAAGAAGGCGAAGAAUUAGCUAUUGCACUUCUAGGAAAAGUUUUAUGUAGAAGACUCCCGAAUAAUACUGUUAUUUCUGGUUACAUAGUGGAAACGGAAGCUUAUUUAGGAUUUAUUGAUAAAGCGUCACAAACUUAUAAUGGUAGACGCACUGAUCAUAAUGAGCCCUUAUAUAUGGACCCAGGUACAUGUUACGUUUACAUGACAUACGGAAUGUACCAUUGCAUGAACAUUUCAAGCAAAGGUGAUGGUUCAGCUGUUCUCAUAAGAGCCGUAGAACCUCUGAAUGGAAUCGAACAUAUUACAAAACUACGGUCAAAAGCAAAGAAGAAAAACAAACUCAACCAAACACCUAUUAAAGAUUUAUGCAAUGGACCAGCCAAGUUUUGCAUGGGCUUUGAUAUAAAUAAGAAGAAUAUUAAUAAAGAAGAUUUAUCAAAUUCUAAUCAUAUCUGGAUUGAGGAACCAGAUUGCAAUUCAGAAAUAAUCAGUACAUUGAAUAAGAAUAACAUUGUAAAAUGUCCGAGAAUUGGGAUUGAAUCUGCUGGGAGAGAAUGGGCUGAUAAGCCAAUGCGUUUUUAUAUAAAGAGUAAUAUAUAUGUUAGCAAGAAGGAUAAGAAUGAAAUCACCUUGGAAUAG